UUGUCACAAGUAUAGUCUUUAUAAGUUGCAUCAUCAUAAAAAAGUAGAAUGACAAACCUCCAGUGGGAGCAUCAAUGCAGACUAAAGCAUAAAAAAGGGCCAGUCAUCAAUCAUUUCGUUGAUUCGGGAGUGUUGAUACCUUUGAGAAGGACUUUAAAAUUAAGCAUGAUGUUGAACGAAAAUCAUCCUUUUUGUGAAGGAAAAUACAAAUCUUGGAAAGAUCGCAGAAGUGAACAGAUAAGGCAGUUGGUAAAACAUCCGACUACUGUACAUCCAUUUAGUUCUUUUCAGAUGUACUGGGAGUAUAUGAUGUGCUUGAUGUACUUUUUCUCCUAUAUGAUUUUGUGUAUCAAUUCGGCAUAUAGUUGGCGCACUGUACAUAGAGCUCCAUCACUGCUGAUCUUGAUAUCAAUUUGUGACAUAAUUGUGAUGGCUGACAUAGCGAAGCAGUUCGUGACUGGUUACUAUAACAACGAGACACACCGUUCUAUACUCAGGUUGAGUUCGAUCGCUAAGAAAUAUAUUUCAACAUAUUUUGUGUUUGAUGUGCUGACUUGUGCUGAAACAUUUCUGCGACCUUUCGCGUUAGUUGAUUCGUUGAGCAGAAAUCAGGGUUUUGCAAGAUUUUACAGAUACAGCAGGAUUUUCACAGGAUUGAGAAUAGUGCGCCUACCAAGGAUGCCGUCAGCAUUUGACAUGUUUGUACGAAGAACGAAUAUAAAAAAUUCAAAUGCAAACACAUUAAAGGCUUUAUUGAUUUUUGUGGUGAUAUUCAUGUGGCUGUACUUUGUCCAAUUUACUACUGAGAACUUCAUUGAAUACAUCACUUCGGACCGUGUGAGAUGGAAACUUGUUACGUGGCAUAGAGUCAAAUACGUUUGCAAUGCCAAACCUAAUUCGCGGCAAAACAACACCGAAACGCUAAACAGAUAUUGAAGGAAAAUACUCGCUAUUCAUUUGAUUUUAUUCAGCUACACUCCAGCUGAUGAAAGUCAGUGUCGGUGAAACAAGUGUGGACAGUUCGGACCAUGUUGCUGCUGUAAUAGUGACUAACAAUUUUAUAGUGAUGGGGUGGAUUAUUGAAAUUUACUUGGUUGCGGUGGGACUACAACUAUGGAAUCAAUACUCAAGUAGCAGGAACAAAAACGAUGUCGUACGCAAGCAGUUCAUGCGGUACGCAAGCUACAAACGUCUUCCACCCAAUCUCAGGAAAAAGUUUUUUGCCUUUUACGAUUUCAAAUUCAAGAAUGGAGUAUACAAAGAACGGCAUAUAUACAAUAAUGCAUCACUCAUUUUGAGACAACAGAUACAGGUAUACGUUACAAGGAAUUAUAUUGGACGAGUAGAAUUCUUCCAGAUCCUACCAGAACGGUUGUUGUUGACGCUAUCGACCAAACUAAAAACAGAAGUAUUUCUAACUAACGAUGUUAUUGUGAGCUCCGGAGAUGUUGGUGUCAAUAUGUACUUCAUUCGUUACGGUACGGUGGCGCUCUACACGCCAUCAGGGAAAGAGAUGUACCAUGUGGAUGACGGAGCUCAUUUUGGAGAAAUAUCUAUUUUGUUCGAAGAAAGAAGGAUUGGAUCUGCAAUUGCGGCGACGCCAUGUGAAGUGUUUGUUUUGAGCAAAACAGAUUUCAAAGAUCUUUUAACCCCUUAUCCAGAAAUCGAACAGCAGAUCAAAGCUGUUGCUCUCGAUAGAUGUAUGGUCCUCAACAGGGUAGUCUAUGAUAGAAUCAAAGACAACUUGAUGGAACGAUGAAGCAUACUGUGUUUAGAUGUUAUGAAAUAUUUUUUACAUGUAGAUCUGACAAACUCUGUUUAGCCGAUUGCCUAAGAAGGAGGGUUAUGUUUUUUGCGCGUCGGUAUGUAUGUGGACAAAAAGUUCUAUUUCACGGAUCAGAUUCUAAAUGGAUCAGCAGUGAAAGUGACACUAGGUAUACUAAAAAGUAAAAAAGCGAAUACCAAUAAAAAUUUUCACAUUUUUA